AGAACAGGGACCAAGCAGAGGGUUAAUGUGUAGCCUGUGGCCUGGAAGCGGAGUGCAGGCUUGGCCCUGUGCCAGUGACGUAUAAUACCAGGGUGGGCUGACAGAAUGAAACUCCCCUAAGUAGCCCUGCAUGCUUGGAAAUACAGUAUCUUGGCUUUUUUUUCUGCAAAGAGAGCAAAGUAGCUUGCUUCUCUUUCUUAACCCCUCCCCAAUCUGCCCCCCCCCCCUUGCAGAACAAGGAACUGCUUUGGCAAGGGACACAUGCAGUCUCAAAAUGCUGGAUAUGCAUUCUCCUUGCGUAAGGACCAGGCGUUUGUUACUGUACAGUUCAACUGGAAUCCAUUGCAGCAGCAGAGCUGGCAAUGCUGACAUGUUCAGAAAUCAUGGUUCAGCCCAUGAAAGUCUGAAAUGGUGGCAGCAGCACCCCACAAUGCCAGCUGCCGCCCUGCAGCCAGGUUGCCUCUCUUGGCCGCUCUCUUCAUACUGAGACAAUCAUGUCGAGCCAGCACAGCCAUGCUCCCUUCUCCAGCAUCCAGCCUAUGGCUGAGCAUCAGCAGAUCAUGCCAGACCUGGCCAUUCUGCAGAGGAGAAUCCCACUCACUUUCCGGGACUCCGCCACAGCCCCAUUACGCAAGCUGUCUGUGGACCUUAUCAAAACAUACAAACAUAUCAACGAGGUCUAUUAUGCCAAGAAGAAGCGCCGAGCCCUUCAAGUGGCACCAGAAGACACCAGCACCAAGAAGGAGCGGAAAGUACACAACGAGGGAUACGAUGAUGACAACUAUGAUUACAUAGUCCGCAAUGGGGAGCGCUGGCUGGAACGUUAUGAAAUCGACUCACUUAUUGGCAAGGGGUCCUUCGGACAGGUGGUAAAGGCUUACGACCAACAGGCUCAGGAGUGGGUGGCUAUUAAGAUAAUCAAGAACAAGAAGGCAUUUUUGAGCCAGGCUCAGAUUGAAUUGCGGUUGCUUGAGCUCAUGAACCAGCAUGACACUGAAAUGAAAUACUAUAUUGUGCACUUGAAGCGGCAUUUCAUGUUCCGGAGCCAUCUGUGCCUGGUAUUUGAGUUGCUGUCCUACAACCUGUACGACCUGCUCCGUAACACCAACUUCCGAGGUGUCUCUCUCAACCUCACACGCAAGUUCGCCCAGCAGCUGUGCACAGCACUGCUCUUCCUGGCAACACCUGAGCUCAGUAUCAUCCACUGUGACCUUAAGCCAGAGAACAUCUUGCUGUGUAACCCUAAGCGCAGUGCCAUCAAGAUUGUGGAUUUUGGCAGCUCCUGCCAACUGGGCCAGCGGAUCUACCAGUACAUCCAGAGCCGAUUUUACCGCUCACCUGAAGUGCUACUGGGCAUGCCUUAUGAUCUGGCAAUUGACAUGUGGUCCCUAGGCUGCAUCCUAGUAGAGAUGCACACAGGGGAGCCCCUCUUCAGUGGUGCCAAUGAGGCGGACCAGAUGAGCCGGAUUGUGGAGGUCCUUGGGCUCCCGCCACCUCACAUGUUGGAGCAGGCUCCCAAGGCUCGGAAAUACUUUGAGAAGCUGCCUGAGGGGGGCUGGGUCCUCCGGCGGGGCAAAGAUGGCAGGAAGGACUACAAGGUUCCAGGCACGCGGCGACUGCAUGAAGUAUUAGGGGUUGAAAAUGGGGGCCCAGGCGGGCGCCGUGCAGGAGAACAGGGCCAUUCCCCUUCUGACUACCUGAAGUUCAAGGACUUGGUAUUGCGCAUGUUGGACUAUGAACCCCGUAGCCGCAUCACCCCAUUCUAUGCUCUGCAGCACAACUUCUUCAAGAAAACUGCUGAUGAGGGCACCAACACCAGUGCCAGCACCUCUCCUAGCCUGGGAACUGAGCACAGCCACUCUACCAGCACCACCAGUUCUGUAUCCAGUUCUGGUGGUUCCAGUGGUUCUUCCAAUGACAACCGUGGUUACCGUUACAGCAAUCGUUACUAUGGCAGCAUGGGCACUGUGCAUGCGGACUGUGAGAUGCAGAGCCCCCAAGCACCCCCUCAGCAGCAGAUGCGUCUUUGGGCCAGCGGCGACAACGAGAGUAUUCCUCACAUCUUACCUCACAAGCCCACACCAAGCCAGGCCAUGCCAUGUUUUCCCCCGAGUGGGCACCCUCCGUACCAGCGCCCUCCGCUUCCACUAUCUCCCCCUCUCCCAGAGGCCAUGGAGGUGUCUCUGGGCCCUCGCCAUCUAGACUGCAACCCCACGGGGCUGGGCUCUUCCACCUUGCACUUGGGCGCCUCAGCCUUCCGGACUAGGACUGCUGGUGGCUCGCGCCCUGAGGGACUCGGCCUCAAUUACCCUCUCCGUGGGCGCGGGCACCGAGACACUGAUGAGACUGCACUGAUGGGUGUCUGUGUGCCCCAGGGCACCGCUGCCAGCUCCUGAUGAUGGACUGGCCCGGCAGGCUAGGAGCCAGUGCCCGGCAAGAGCACUCCCUUGUUGCACCAGAGCCUGGACGGGCCAGGACUGACUGUAGGGCAGGGAACCAGGGCCCACAGAGCACUUCUCCAGCUAUGAGAGUCAGAGUGGGCCAGGACUUGCGGUGGGAUGGGGUCAGGCUGCCUGGCUGUGACCAGUCUAGAGACCAGGCCCUCUUGCUACCCGGGAACGUGCUGCAAGCGGUAAGCAUUGUUGGGGGGAGGGGAGGGGGGAAUAGAGCAGGGGAAGCAUGUGGAGCCAGCAUCCUACCGCCCUUGCAGCCUGGAUGCCACUUUCCUCCUUUUGGUCAGUGCUUUCUCUGAGUUGUGUGGUCCUUCCUGGCCACAGGCCCCUUGUGAAUCACUCAGCGGCAUGUGGCCUGACAGCCAUUCCCUUCCCUGGUGCAAGAGAUUUCAACCUUCUGUGCUUGGAUGGACAUACAGACUCCUGUGCACUACGUGGACAUAUGGGCUUGGUGGCCUGUGUGGUCCCAUGGGAAUUGCUGCUAAAACUUCCCCCUGCUUGGAAAUAAAGGGUUGCCCCAACCAGCGAAUGUUUAUGCUGUCUCGUGCAGCCAUCUUGGACCUGCCUUUUGUUAUGUGUACAUGAGGGGAGACAGUGCCUAGUUCUUUGCUCUGGCAUCAUUGGGGGGAUUGCCACAGUAUCUUAUGGAAGUGGCAAAGUGGGACCUGAGCUGGACCAUGGCUGUGAAUUUUUAACUCUGCCUUAGGUAAGCUCAUGCUUCUUUGCACAAUAUUCAGUCACCUGAACUCAGGCUGUUUCCUUACGAUUCUGCUUUCUUGAAGUGUGGAAGCUGUGCAAAGAAUGAAAGAUGUGGCCUGUAUUGUAUCACAGUUCCUUAUUCCUUGGCCCUUAACACACAAGCACACCAGUGUUGUUUUCGUUUUUGCCUUUCUCGUAUAUAUGUAUGUAUAUAUGUAUGAAUGAAAGGCAAAAACGCUUUAGCAGCAAGGCUGAAGUCUUCUGGAGAGCUAUCCUCCACAUAGCACUUGCAGGUUGUUUGCUAGGUGCUUAGUACUGUGUGCUGUGCAGCCAAGAACAGGGUUAAUAGCUGGCCAGAAUUAGAGGGGCUUGUGUGUUAGUACUGUAAUAUAGCUGUGUCCUUUUCAUGUUGAAUGGUUCUGGCAACGUUUUCUUCUUUUAGCAGGAUGAGACUCAGCUGGACCUUACAAAUGAAGAUGUUUUGUCUAGAAAAAUGGCUAUGGCCUGCGCAGAACCUUGGAGUCACUGGUGUGUUUUAGCAUAAUACAGUUCCAACAGUACAGUUUGUGCAAAGGCAAGUGAAAGCAAAUUGCUCUUGCCAGUGACGCUUGGACAAGAGGAUAGCUGUUGCGGCCAGGGCCUAUGUGCCCCGCCACUAGAGAGCAGUGGAAAGAGCUCUCAGGCAAAAUGCAAUGUGUUGAUGAAGAUGUGAGGUGAUUGGAUUUGGCUUGUGUUGGUGGUACCUAGCUUUUUUUAAGUCCAGAAAUUGAUGAAGAGUAUAUGCUAGCUGGGUGCUAUCUAUCAUGUAUGUACACAGCUACAUUCAGGCCUAUGCUCGCUGUAGAAUAGCAGGGCAUUUGAUCCUGGGAUUCAGUAUCCUUAGAAUCUCAGCUGUUUUCAAGAAUCCAUUUCUUCUUGUCCUGGUCAUAAAUACCAGUUGGAAAGUGCAGAUAACUUGGCAGCUCCGUAGGAUUUCUGCUAGUCAGGACAGGGGUGUUACAAUUCCCAGUGGUGCCUCUUGACCUCUUCUUUUUUUUUCUUUCCCCUCCCCAAAACAGUUAUGUGAAACAAAACAUAUUUGUAUAACUUACACAGGGUACAACAUUUUCUCAGUGCAGCCAUUUUGUUAUUUAGAGCAUAAUACGCAUAUCCUUGAAUAUAUAGAGAACAGAGGAGAGUUGAGAGUUUUAGUAGUCGGACAUGAUGCAGGGACACUGGUGUCCAGACAAAAAACAUGGGUUGUAGUUGGGCUCAAAAGUAUUUGAUUGUGCUUCAGAACAAAUGUCAUAUUCAAUGGGAAAUUAAAUGGAGGCUCACUAGAACUGCUAAGAAAGAACUUGCUGCUGAAACAGAGAGAAUCCUCAGCCAUGGCCACUCACUAGCAUGCAAGUUCCCAGCUGUGCAGAUUUUGCUACCCUUAAUUUGUUACAUUGAACCAAACAAGCUUUUAUAGCCAGUUGCUUAACUUGGGAAUGUAUUCCAUUAGUUUUCUACCCCUAUUUAAAUGAUAAAUGUUUAGAAGUGAUAAUCUGAGGGUACUGUGUUCUUGCUCCCUGCCUGCCCCAUCAUCACAUGGGGCUCAGCUUUCCAUACAAUCAUCCAUAUCCUUCAGCGUGAGUUCACAUAGUUAAAAUGAAAGCAAAUAGCUUUACCACCUCAAA